AUGAAGGCACUAAGUCUAGCUAGUUUACUUGUGCUUUCCACUUUGGUCAUGUUUUCUGAGAGUCGGGUGGCAAGAAAGGACUUGGUAUUGAAUUUGGGAGGGGUAGGUAUUGGUGCUGGAAUUGGAAUUGGAAUUGGGUUGGGAGGAGGUGGUUCAGGGUCUGGUGCAGGUGCGGGAUCUGGGUCUAGCUCUUCAUCCAGCUCCUCCAGCUCUAGUUCUAGUUCUAGUUCAGGAUCUGGAGGAGGUGGAUCAGAAGCAGGUUCAUCUGCUGGUUCUCAUGCUGGAUCUGGUUCAGGAGGUCGGGGUGGUGGUGGAGGAGGAAGAGGGGGAGGUGGAGGCGGUGGACGUGGAGGUGGAGGUGGGUCUGGUGAGGGUUCAGGCGAAGGAAGUGGAUAUGGGUCUGGUUAUGGAGGUGGUGGUGAUUGA